AUUUAUUUUUAGUUUUGAGACUUGAGUUUUUACUUCUAAGAAACUGCUGAAGUUCUUACUUCUGCUAAGUGAUGUUAAACUAAGUAUUAUAAAGUACAAUUCAACGAGUUUGUGAAUAAUAUUCAAAUCAUAAUAACAAUUUAAAAACACCGUGUAGCAAUAUGUGCUACGUUAUUAUAACCGGCCGAAGCUUAGCAUGGCUGCUUUUAAGUUUGGUUGCAUUUAUGCUAAUUUUAACUGGAAUCAUGACUCCAAAGUGGUUAUUGGGCCAGCCUAUUGUUAUUAAUGAAAAUAAUAAAACAAGUUUUUACGUACAAUCAGUCGGGAUUUACAAUAGAUGUAUUCGAAUGACCCAUGAUCACAACAACUGUGCUCCAUUCUCUUUCUAUGGGCUGGCAACUGACCCUGCAGUGUAUCCUACACCUUGGAAAGCGGCUAUGUUCUUCUUGUCUUUAUGCGCAGCGAUUCAGUUCUCGACUGUGCUGACCGGUGUUCUGGCGUGCUGUGUGCAGUCCGUCUUCAAGAAGAGCGUGAUAUCGCUAGCAGGAGCUACGCAAUCACUCGGAGGUCUGUUUGGUAUCAUUGGUCUGUUGCUGUACCCUUGGGGAUGGGGAGCGUCCAGGGUCAAGCGACUGUGUGGUGAAUACUCCGAAUCAUACAUCCCUGGUGACUGCUCCAUAGGUUGGUCCCUCUACGUAACCCUGGCAGGUGUUGCCCUGGUAUUUGCCACGAGUGCUCUCUCCAAAACAGCCGACAAAGCAGCCAACUCUGAUAAAGUGCAGUUUCAAAUGGACGAGGGGAAACAGCUGAUAUGCUUGGCUUGAUAAUAGCGCCAUCUAUCGGCUCUUGAGAAAAAAACUUACAGCAACAUAUGACUGUAAAAUAAGAAUGAUAGUUUUUGUGAUUGUACAUAAUUAAGGGCAAACAAUAUUGGGUAGAGAGUAAUGCCUUUCAUUAAACACGAGUGUGGGAAAUAACAUCACACGAGUGUCUUAAUGCCUAAUUAUGUACAAUUAUAUACACUGCAUUAUGUACUCACAUAUGAUAAGCCUCCAUGAUGCAUUCAGGAGCCGCAUAUUGUGACCACCAUAAAUUUUAAGCGGUAAUGCAGCCUAGCGAAGCUCUCUAAUAAAGCGUUUCCCUCGAUUGUAUGAAACAUGCAGUCAUUGAUUAAUUGACAGAUGACGGCUACAAUCUUGUAAAACACGGAGAUAGCCGAAAUACUUUUUACUAAGCAACCGUUCGCUUUCAAACUUAUCCGGAUUAUUCUUCGUCGCCAAUCGGAAUACUGUAAUUAAUUCUAUUUCAAACUUAUCUCAAAUAACUGCACGUUUCAUACUAAACUAAAUUUCAAUUUUUUACUUAGACAGUCCCGCCCCUUAUUACGUAGAAUUUACAUUCUAUAAGGGCGGCAAUGAAAAGUUUUCUCUUGACUUAAAGGUCUUAGUUACCAGGUCAAAAAACCAAAAAAAAAUAGUUUUCUGGCAGCUGUCAUAAUAUAAUUUUUAAUUCAGAGAUAUCUUGCUAAUUACAUACAACAUUUGUCAAAAUAUGUUUGCAAAUUGACUUUUCAUUUCGAACUAAACGUCUUAUCUUGACUGCUAUUAGAAUAGAGGUCAAAUCAAAUUCUUUAUUUUUCAGAGAUGUUCGAAAUUUGAAUGAAAUAAUAUUAUAGUAAUCGAUUUUAUUAUUUAUCAAUAAUAACAUUUUUACAGAUAAGAAAUAUUUUGUUCUAACAAAACAAUUUUUUUAUAUAAUAAUCAUUAUGUGCGGUUCUUGAACUCAUCAUGGAGGUUUUAUGAUAUUUGAGUAUAUAAUAUAUUUAUUAAGUACUAUCAGAAAAUAAGUAAAUAGACUUCUGGUUAUUGCAUUUACUAUUUGAACUUAAGUAUGUUAUUUGAGGCUUGCGAUUUUAUACUAAAUCUGAAUUUAUUUAUUGUUGUGCUUUUACAACUAUGGAAGCGUUUUAUAUCUUAUUGUAAUUACAAUCUAAAUUUGUGAUCUGAGACUGAUAUUUCUAUCCAUUUACUGCUUUUAGCGUUUCAAUAUUAUUUUAUAUUAACUUACAUACCUACCUACCAUCGACAAAAUUGAUUCAUGCCCCUCUUUGUUGGUAAUUCUUUCAAAAUCAUUAAAACAGUAAGGUUUAUAUUUUCACGAAAUAGAUUGUAUGACAAUUGCUGGACUGUCAGUGUAAUAAAAUGAUAAAUGUUACUUAGGAAAUGCAUGUUCAAGCGAAUUAGUCGUAGGUCGACUACUUGUUUAUUAUGGCUGCAGGAAAAUGUUUUUAAGGUGGGUGGUCACUAUUCAAUUCCGUCGAUAGUACAUUAUAUUGCAAUUAUUGUGACAUAAUAAAAAUAAAUAGAAAAUAUUAAAUUUAAUUAAUUAUUUUCCAUUUAAGUGUGAAUGUAGAUAAUUUAUACGUCUAGAUAGAUCCUCUUGCGUGCGUGUGUUGCUGAAAAUAGAGGCUUAUAGUUUGCCGCAAUUUUUUACGACGCGUUCACGACUGUUUAUCUAGACGUAUAAAUUAUGUAAUGUAUAUGACUAUGAAUCUCAUUAAAUUUAUUCUUCUUGAUAAACAUUGUUCUUUUUGACUGUUAAGUCAACAACUCUUGUGGGAUACAAUUAAGAUAUUUAUAUAUUUCAGAUAUUUCCGAGUCAUGCAUGUUUAUAUGUAUUUAUGUAUGUUUAAGUAAGUAUGUUGUAUUAAAUAUAUCGUUGUCUUUCACCCAUAGUACAGGCUAUAUGCCUAGUUUGGGGCAAGAUAAUUUGUGUAAAAGUUGUCAAUAUUAUAUUAUUAUCAUUAUAUAUAUAUACACUAAUAUGACAAGUGCUGACGCGGCACACAUUGUUUUGUCAUAUAAAUUAAGUACCACGCGCCCGCUCAUUGUAUUCAUUGUCUGUCAUAUGUAAUGAAAUGUCAUUGACUGAAUUAUUUGUAUUACGAAUAUAUAGGUAUUUCUAAGUCAAAAAAUAUAGGUUCCCGAUAAGUUAUCCACCCAACCAACAUAUUAAUAUCAUAUAUCACCUGCUUCGAAACACGCUGCAUUAUAUGCAUACUAUAAUUAGUAUAAGUAUUAUUCCGAUCGGUUCAGUAGUUUUCGCAGUAUAUCCGAAGGAAAAAAUUGCUCUCUAUUUAUUAUUAUAGAUAUGGAGAGUUUACUCUGAAAUCUAGUAAAUUUAUAUUUAAUAGCUAUAAUAUAUUACUAGAUUGGCUUCAACAUAAGCGAGCCAUAAACACCAAAAAAAACUGAUUUAAAUUGAUAUUCGCCAAUCGUCAUAUAGACUUUGGCAAUUUUGAGUGGAAUUAGAAUACUAGUAAGAUAAGUUCGGGUAGCUAAGAAAAAUCUUCUCGUCCCAAAUACCAGUGUCUGAAGACAAAGGUUUGCAACCAGUGAGUGGUGCCUGUGAUGACAUACGAAACACAGACGUGGUCGCUAAUUAUGGGCCUUAUGAGAAAGCUCAUGGUCACUCAGAGGGCAAUGGAGAGGGCUAUCAGAUAUCAGAUAUUAUAAUAUUAUAUUAACAAGAGAAAUUUUAUAUAUUUUACAAAGAAUGAUAUUUUGAUAUAAGAUGAAUAAUUCAUUAAGAAAUAAAGACUUACGUUUUUUACAGACAAGUUUAUUUUCUCUUUUAUUCUUAUUAAUUGAUGAAAAUAAAAUAAUAAAAUUAAUAAAUUAAAUAAAAAUAAUAAAUAAAAUUCAUUAACUUGAUUACUAGUUCAUUUUAUUUACUGUAUAAAAUACAUUAAUACCAAUUUCACAUACUGAAUUUUUUCACUCGGUAAAUAUAAUAAUUGAGAAUAAGAAAAUGUCAAUAUAACCGUAAUUGUUAUUGAAUAUAAAAGUAUGUUAAUAUUAUAAAAAAAAAUAUUACAAAAGUAGUAAUGAAUAAAUACUUGGUGACUUACGAAAAUAUUACUGAACAAUUUGAAAUAUUUUUUAAACCGUUCAAUUUUAACGGUUAAAAACAUUGUUUCUGACGGCAGUAAACGGGCGUUACUUCCGUCAAAAGAAAAUCUAUGUUACCAUCAAAUUGCGUCUGCAGAAGUUUUACUCCAAAAUUCUUAAAAUUAGAGACUUGUAUUAAAAUAUAAAAAAAAAUCUUAGAUUGAUCUCCGCCUCGCUCCAACUACCUAAGAACAAAUGACUUUAUUACGGCAACUUAUAGUAUGUAUUGGCUAUUUGUAGGGAUGCUUGUGUGCCUGGCAUCUUGACACUCGAUCUCAUCUUUCAAAUUUUGUAACUUAUAUACGCUUCGUGUUAUUUUACAUUGAAAUUAUUAAAUUCAAAAUAGUUACUGAUGAUAUGUGAUCCCAGUGUCUUUCUUAUUACUUGUAGUAUUAUUUUAACAAAGUUUUACUACGCACUUUAGUUUCAAUAAUUCGAGACUGGCUCGAGUACGCCCACUUGGGCGUAAUAUUUGUUAUAGUUUUUAGUUGGAGCGCAGCGAAGACUAAUCCUUAAUCUAACAAAAUAUUAUUAGUUUGAUAUUCUACACAGCUUGUAUUUGAAAGCUGUAUGAGCACUUCAAAUCUCAAUUCUUUUUUCAAUUUAUAAAGGCUGUAAAACUUAUUUUGGAGCCAUUAUAUUCUAAUAAUAGUUUAAUUUUUUAUUGUGUGAAGAUAAUCUGUAUUUUGCAGUGCAAACUUUUUUUUUGUAACUUUUAAAAUAAUUAUUAUAAUGUGUCACAAUAAAAAGCAUUUAUCAUAGAGAUAUUAUUAUUAUGGAUUUAUGAACUAUUUUAGUGAUUUUUAUAAGUAUUUUUUACUGUUUUACACUAUAGUAUACAACUAUUUACACGUAUACAAACUAAUAAAGUAUUAUUUGGAUAA